AGAAGCUCUAGGAACGACUCCAAUCAAGGGCGCUGAAAGUGGGUCUCCGAUAUCAUCACUGAGUGGUCAAUUUGGUUGAUAAGACCCACUAUUAGGGCGCGAGACUGUCAAGGUUGACAAGUCUAGAUGGAUUUCAGUCUGACACAGAACAAGAAGAUCUUGGAUUAUUUCAUAUCGAUGACCUUUUAAACCCUAUGAAGGCCGCCAUAGUCGACCCUAACAUAUCACUUUGUUCCAAGCGUCGACACAUAUACCAUCUAGCCACCGUCUCUGUGGAAGUUUACGUACAACAUGCAGCGCACUUAUCUCGCGUUUCAGCACAACGCCAAGCUCCACGCUCUGCAGGCUGCAGUCACCGCAGUCCGAUCGGUAGCUGCACUUGAAGAGGCCAACAAAGGGCUUUUCAAGCAAGCUAAAGAGGAUGACCAUGUUGUAGUUACGGAUCAAACUAUAUUUCACCCUCAAGGUGGUGGCCAGCCUUCUGAUGUUGGUAUGAUGAAGGGCGAAGAUGGAGCAAGAUUCGACGUAUCCAUGGUGCGUAUGAGCGCUAUAAACGAUGGCGAGGUACUGCAUUUCGGCAGAUUUGCGGAUGAAUCAUCUAUUUUCAAGUCCGGAGACUCCGUCACUCAAACUAUUGACAGCGAGAAGCGCAACCUGUAUUCCCGUUAUCACACCGCAGGACACGUCCUUGGAGCAGCUGUUCGCCAUCUUGUUGAGAAGGAAAUAAGCGGCUUCGAUGAAUUGAAAGCGUCGCAUUUCCCUGAUUCCGCCGCUUGCGAAUUCCAAGGUCUGAUUGAGGGAAAGUGGAAAGAUGUCAUCCAAACGCGCGUGGACGAGUACAUCGCUAAGGACAUGCCGGUGGAAAUUGAUUGGUGGGACGAGAAUGACUUUAAGGCUAACGGUCUCGAACGGUUAAUACCUAAUCGUGCGGCAAUGGGGAUGACGGAUGACGAGAAAUUCCGAGUCGUGAAGAUCGUCGGCGCCGAAACCUACCCUUGUGGUGGGACACAUGUCGAUAGUACGGAAUUAUGCGGUAAAACCAACGUUAAGAAGAUUAGUCGAGCGAAAGGAGUGAGCCGGGUGAGCUACGUGCUACCUUGAAACCGCCUACCUCAGACGAGUGAUACCAAGGGCUGAAUAGGUACGGAACUCCAACGCCAUCGUUGAAUCGGUCUUAGUCUCCGUACGGGGCUCGUCCCGGUGUUCGGUACUACGGAAAUGAAGCAGCAAGCCGCGUAGCGUCCGCCGGCAGACGUUGUACAAUAUGCUAUGUUAUCCGGCGUGGGGUAUUCGCAGCUGCAUUGGAGUCUUGGCGACCUCAAACUGAUUCAUCGACAUGGUCCGCAAUUGAUCACCCUUGGCUCUUCAAACCGGUAUUAUAGGCCUUAUCGAAAUAACGACGUUCGCGAGAUAUGAGCUGUCCCUGUCCCGGGACUACGAUGUGCAACGCCUGCCAUGUCUAGUGUGUA